AUGCAUAGAUUAGAAGGAUCGGAAUUAGAUGAUUUAUAUCGAGAUUUAGGUGUUCAGAGACCAAGACAGUUGGGUAGCGAUGUACUUAAUAGUCGAUAUAAUAAUCUUGGUGCUAUCAAUGCAGUCAAUAACGAAGGUGGACCUUUAGGCAGUAGUUUUAGAAUCAAUCAGGUAGACCUACAACAACAACAACAACAACCAUCCAAUGUAAUUAGACAAACGACAACGAAAUCAUCGUCAAUCAUAAGAAAGAAGAAGAAAACAACAACUUGGCUAGGCUAUUCUCAAACACUGCUCAAAGAGUUUUGUUAUGGUGCUAUAUUUGGUUUUGUAGGCUAUAUGUUUAACGCAUUCAAUCAAUAUAGAAAAUUAAAAGCAACUUAA